AUGUUGCAUGAGGCACAGGAAAGGCAGAAGUUCAUCAGUGAAGCUCAAUACCUGCGGGACAUGCAGCAUAAGGCAGACUCUGACUAUCAGGCUUGUCUGAGACGACAGGAAUACAAAAGAGAUUCAUUUGAGAAGAAGCAAGAACAAUUGAGGGCACAAGAGCCAAAUCCUGAGAGAUGCCGGUUCCCAAGUGGGUCAUCAUCAUCUUCCAGACAGAGUGUUGCUGAGGAGGAUCUUGUCACUGAACCAGGAUUAUCUGCCAAGACUUCCUUGUCUAAAUGUGACUCCAAACUUCCAGCAAUUGACCAAACUUCAUCAGUCAAGCAGAAACAUAAAAGUACCAUGACUCCAAAGAAGUCCGAGAAGGCAGGGCCCAGCAAACCCUCUCCAGCUGCCCAGGCACCCCAGAUUUUAUCAAGGAAGAGGAGGCCAAACCUGGGGAGACUGACAGUCAGCCCAGAAAUGCAGAGCGCAGGAGCAUCUGAAGACCACAGCAGACAGAAAUUGCAGCUGCCAAUGAAGGUGUUGCCCCUCAGGGGAGCAGAUCCAGUAGGCCCAAUGUGGGCAAAUGACACUACGCUAAAGAGACCAGUUAGAGACAGAAGAAACUUAGUCCCGUGCUCUCAGCUGAUGCUAAAUGAGUACAUUUCUGGAAGAACCAACAAAGGCAACAGGAGACCCCUUUCCCAGAUGGAGCCACAUUCAGCUCUGCCCCGUACGUUCCAAAGCACAGAUAGUCCUCGAGUAUUGAGGGGGUCCAUGGGGCCGCCAAUAACAUCCACUACCAUGAGAGGACAAAGAAGGGCCCCAUUUAGAUUCAGAGAUGAAGAUUUUUAUUCCAUCAUUUCAUCAAACUCUGGAGGAGAAAGUUAUGACACUGAAGAGGAAACCCACGUGGAGGAAGAACUUCUGUCGGUGGGUAUGCACCCACCACGUUCUCCUUCCAUUCAUAAGCGAAGUCGAUUUCUUGAGACAUUGGCCACUCACUCCAAAAAUAAAACUUUGGAAGAAGACUCUGAAAAUUGCAGAGCUAAUUCUUUCAGCAGAAGUGAGCUUAGUCAUGGCUCAUUAAAGGCAAGCAAUGCAGGGCAGCCUGUGACAGAGCAACCUUCUGUUGGGCUAAGGAUGUUCCAAGACUCUGGGUUGCAUGAUGGGGAAUCUGUGAAAGAGACUGACAGUGGUGGCAGUGAAAACAAGGCCAAGUCCGUCCAUUCGGGGGACAUCAAAUCUGAGCCCAGCCAAGAGGAUGAUCUCAAUGCUGAAAAUGAACCUAAAGAUUGUACUUCUGUGGCCAGUAGGCCUCGUACCCAUUGUUAUGAAAGGGAUUGGCAAGACUUUUUAAAUAAUCCUGGACACUCGUUUAACCGUCUUCCUUCUAGUAGACAAACAGCUUUGAGAUCAUCAGCGAAUUCAGCUUAUACCACUCCAGGAUCAUUAAUGUGUUCUGCUGUAAGAGACUUGUCAAUGGCGUCAUCUUCAAUUCACAGUUCGAACUCAGAGGGAAACUCACGAUUUCAUAUUCGUCGACCACUCUCCCCCAUUCGAAACAGGCACCUCUUGGCCAGAGCUGAAGACCUCAGUGAUUUUCCAGUAAACAAUACCCGUGCGUUUUGUGUCAGGGAAGCAGAAGAUAAUACCUUAACAAGCCAACCUCAAGGGGCUCCAUUAUCUUCUGGAGAUUCUUUACUAAAUCCUCAAGGUGUCUUGUCCUCAGAGGAUUCUUCCUCUGUAUCAGAAUCAGAAAUGAGCCUGCAAGACCAGCUUCCUGUGCCUGGGCCCCUUCAAGAAAACAUAGCUUUGACAUUCUUUCCUGUGUCUGCUUUACCAAAUCCAAACAUUGGUGAGCCUAGAAUGGCAGUUUCCCGUUUCCUAGAUGAAAAGAAAGACGCUACGAUAAAGGCAGACCCUGAAAAUCUCAAGAAAUUGCAAGAAAGUCUCCUAGAGGAGGACUCUGAGGAGGAAGGAGAUUUGUGUCGCAUUUGUCAGAUAGCCGGGGGUUCCCCCACCAACCCCCUCCUGGAGCCUUGUGGCUGUGUGGGAAGCCUGCAGUUUGUUCAUCAGGAGUGCCUGAAAAAGUGGCUGCAAGUGAAAAUAACAUCAGGAGCGGAUCUCAGCGCUGUGAAAACGUGUGAAAUGUGUAAGGAAGCCCUGCUGGUCGAUCUGGAGGACUUAAACAUGAACGAGUUCUACCAGAAGUACCAGCAGUCCUGGGCACACAAUGAGCUGAUGAAUUCGAGCCUGUAUCUGGUGUUGUUGCUUCACUUCUACGAACAGCAUUUUGCAGAACUCAUGAGGCUGAACUACAACUGGAUUAUAAGAGAGAGGUUGUCAAGAAACUACCUCCCAGCCAGCCCGGAAGAAAAUCAAAAUUCCGAGCUGGGAGAUGGAAAUGAAGGCAGCGUUUAUCAAAGCAAUGGUCGGGUCAUCUAG